AUGUCUUGGUAUUAUGAUUAUGAUUACAGUGGCGAUAUAAUAUUUGACACGCAUGCUGAGCUGAGACGGUCUCUGAAUACUAUGUCUCUCAUUAGUUACUCCCUGGCCUUUGUUCUUGGUGUGCUCGGGAAUGGAGUGGUUAUCUGUGUGACCGGGUUCAAGAUGAAGAAAACAGUUCACACAGUUUGGUUCCUCAACCUCGCUGUGGCCGACUUCCUCUUCACAGGAUUUCUGCCCCUGAAUGCGGCGUACCUGGCUUUGGAUUUUCACUGGCCUUUUGGCGAGUUCAUGUGCAAACUGAGCAGCACGUUAAUCUCCCUGAACAUGUUUGCCAGUGUCUACAUUCUGAUGAUGAUCAGUGUGGACAGAUGUGUGUCUGUAUUGUGGCCAGUCUGGGCCCAGAACCACAGAAGUGUGCAGAAGGCAUCUUAUGUGAGUCUGAGUGUGUGGAUACUGGCUCUGAUUCUCAGCUCUCGAAUUUUCAUCUUCAACUGCACUGGGUCAUCAUAUCUCCAUGAUGACAGCAUCACCAGCCGCAAACACUUUGCCCUCUAUAAUUACUAUACAACACCUUCUGUGAAUCAGCUGCAGGCGAUGACCAUCACCUUCCUCCUGGCCAUUUUCAGGAGUUGCCUGAACCCACUGCUGUAUGUGCUUGUCGGCCAAGAUUGUAAGAAAAGGGUCUGUAAAUCCAUCCUGAGUGCAAUGGAGACAGCCUUCCAGGAAGAUGUUUCUGACUCUCACACUGAGUCAGUGGACACCAGGCAGAGCACUGAGAUGUCAGCUCUUAAUACUGACGUAUAAGGCUGUCAGUGACACGAAGAAACAAAUAAACGGUCCAAGUGACUUUCACAAAUAUAACUGAAUGUAAAAUAUUUUCUUUUAGUUUUUCUUCUUCUUUUUUUUUAAUACAUUUUCUCCUUCAUAUUAUCUGAGAUUGAAACAUUUCAACCUGAGACAGUUUGACUGAUGUGAACUGAUGUUUUAAUCUAAAUGGAGGAUUUCAUGAAUGGCUACGUGUCUGUAUUUAAUCCUGUAAAGCAAAUGCUACUCUAGAUCUAUGUGGUCUGGAGUCUUAGACUAAGAAGAUAUUUAAAAUGACAUUUUCAAAGAGAACCCAGCAAUAAUUUUAAAACAGGUGUGACAUUACAUGGUUUAAUAUGUGCAACACAAGCAA